GAAAAGGAAUGCUGCAUUACUGCUAAGAAUACCACUUCAUUGCUGCUUAAAAGUAAACCAGAUGAUAAAAUAUUCACCUAUGAUUAUGUAGCAGAUAUUGCUGCCACCCAGGAGGAAAUCUUUGCUUCUGUUGCAAAAGGAAUAGUAGACAGCUGUGUGGCAGGCUACAAUGGUACAAUUUUUGCAUAUGGCCAAACUGGAUCUGGUAAAACUUUCACCAUGAUUGGGCCUUCAGAAGAGUCUGAUAAUUUAACACAUCAAUUACGUGGUAUUACCCCUAGGUGUUUUGAGUAUUUAUUUAAUCUCCUAAAUAGGGAAUUACAAAAAAAUGGGGACAAUAUAGAAUUUUUAUGUAAAUGCUCAUUUCUGGAAAUUUAUAACGAACAAAUAUAUGAUUUACUCGAUGUUACAUCCAUAACAGAAGAUAUUAGAAAGGGGGUGUAUGUGGAUGGGCUCACUGAACGGUAUAUAACUAAUGCUCGAGAUGCUUAUCAGGAAUUAAUGACUGGCUUAAAGAAUCGACGUGUUGCUUCUACUUCGAUGAACCGCGAAAGUAGCAGAAGCCAUGCCGUUUUUUCAUUAUCUGUUGAAUUAAAGGAAAAAAAAGGAAAAGUUACAAAUAUUCGCACUUCUCGGUUAAAUCUCGUUGAUUUAGCUGGCUCUGAGAGGCAGAAAGAUACACAAGCGUCAGGUGCUCGACUAAAGGCAACCGGUAGCAUCAAUAAAUCGUUAUCCGCCUUAGGAAAUGCCAUUAUGGCUUUAGUUAAUAUUGAUCAUGGACGAGCUCGUCAUGUUCCAUACAGAGAUUCCAAGUUAACUUUCUUACUGAGGGAUUCACUUGGAGGCAAUGCGAAAACUUUUAUGAUUGCAAACGUCCAUCCGAGUAAAAAAUGCUUUGGUGAAACGUUUUCUACCUUAAAUUUUGCAAAAAAAGCGAAAUUAAUUAAAACUAAGGUAAUCUUGAUUCAUAAUUUGUCAUUUAAAAGUUGUCUAAUUUUCUCUAAUUUGCUUUUUGUAUAA